AUGGUUGNAUCGAAGGCGAGGAAUGCGGACGGGUAUAAGUUGUGGUACUCUAGAGUCGUGAGGGGUAAGAAUGGAGUGGGUAUCUUGGUGGAUAUGGAUCUUAGAGAGUCUGUGGUUGAGGUUAGGCGAGUGAAUGAUAGGCUAAUGUUUAUUAAGUUGGUCAUUGGUGAGUGCACCCUCAAUAUAGUUAGCACUUACGUGCCGCAAGCGGGCUUGGAUGAGGAGGUUAAGAGGCGCUUUUGGGAGGGCCUGGAUGAGAUUGUGCGUAGUAUUCCUCCUACUGAAAGGUUAUUUAUUGGAGGGGAUUUUAAUGGCCAUAUCGGGGCGGCUGCUGGUAGUUAUGGUGAGAUGCAUGGUGGCUUUGGCCUUGGGGAUAAGAACGGAUGA